AUGUGCUUCCAAGUUGUCGAGCGCUAUUCUGUUUGUCGCUGUCUCUACUACAAGCACGCCAUCGAUCCAUGUGCUGCGCAUGGACAGAGUGGCCAUGCUGCCCAGGAGAAGACGGUGUUAGUGGGCGAAGCCUGCGGACCCCAUGGCGGCUCUCAC